UCCUAUACCGACACCGGUUUGAGGGCGGAGGUGCGGGACUUGCGUUCUCUGCGAGUGGCUGGCUGUGGAGGACAGAGGCGCCAUUUUGCGACGGAAUAAAGAAUUACCAGCAACAUGUAUCCUAGCACGCUGCUACAUUUAGCCCGGGCAAAUCCAUUCAGUGCCCCGCAGUUCACAUUGCAAAAGGUGGAGGAGCCCACACGGACAGUCGCUAAUGGACAGAGCCGCAGACUGGCAGCAGCCUCAGUGGCUGAGUCGGGCAAUAGCUGUGAGUUUGGCUCUUCAAAAUACUACGCCCUGUGCGGCUUUGGGGGCAUUUUGAGCUGCGGUCUCACACACACAGCCGUAGUGCCUCUCGACUUGGUCAAGUGUCGGCUGCAGGUGGACCCAGCGAAGUACAAGAGCAUCUUCAAUGGAUUUUCUGUCACGAUUAGAGAGGAUGGUGUUAGGGGGCUUGCUAAAGGAUGGGCGCCCACCUUCAUUGGAUACUCCAUGCAGGGCCUCUGCAAGUUUGGCUUCUAUGAGAUGUUCAAGAUUCUGUACGGUGACAUGCUUGGAGAGGAAAAUGCCUAUAUGUGGAGAACUAGUCUGUACCUGGCAGCUUCUGCAAGCGCAGAGUUCUUUGCCGAUAUUGCUCUGGCCCCUAUGGAGGCGUGUAAAGUCCGCAUCCAGACUCAGCCUGGCUAUGCUAACACCUUAAGGGAGUGUGCCCCAAAGAUGUAUGCCGAGGAGGGUCUCUGGGCGUUCUACAAGGGUGUGGUUCCCCUCUGGAUGAGGCAAAUCCCAUACACCAUGAUGAAGUUUGCCUGCUUUGAACGCACUGUCGAGUUGCUCUACAAGUAUGUAGUGCCCAAACCACGCAGUGAGUGCAGCAAGGCUGACCAGCUGGUGGUCACCUUUGUAGCUGGUUAUAUUGCUGGUGUGUUCUGCGCUAUUGUCUCCCAUCCUGCUGACUCGGUGGUGUCUGUGCUGAACAAAGAGAGGGGAAGCACAGCUGCUCAAGUGCUGAAGAAGCUUGGACCUAAGGGUGUCUGGAAGGGUCUGGUGGCCCGUAUCAUCAUGAUCGGUACCUUAACCGCCCUGCAGUGGUUCAUCUAUGACUCCGUAAAGGUCUACUUCCGUCUGCCCCGUCCUCCUCCCCCUGAGAUGCCAGAGUCUCUGAAGAAGAAGCUGGGUCUCACUGAGUAGAGCAGUUUAGUCCACUGUCAAUAACGUUUCCUGGUUUAUUUUCUAUAUUUAAUCUCCCACUCUUGCCCAGUUCCUCCCAGGCUGCUGCUCAACUUUGCCAUCUGGAUGGUGAGGGAGGGAUGUCCUCCCCUGUAUAAAUAUCACUUAGAUUAUGAAAUGAGUGAAUGACAUCUGGUUUUAAAUUUUGUCAGUAGUGUGAUUAAAACAUCUAUGUAUUACACUG